AUGACUUCAGUUACAGCCACAAUCGCUGCGUUAGCUGGAGCCAUUUCCAUGAUUGGUAUAGCGUCUAACUUAAUAAGUAUUCUAGUCUUCAUGAAGCAAGGAGUUUUAGAGAACACAAAUAUCAGCUAUACCGCACUUGCUAUUUCUGAUUUACUAUCUCUGGUGGCGACGUUGUGCUUGAGUAUAUUCUGGAAUCAGUGGUUCUUGAAUUCAGGACUAUCACCUGAAUUUAUAGAAACAGAGGCGGCAUUUGCUAGUUUACCCUACGCUUGUUUCAGUAGAAUUACAGGACUGGUGACUGCUUUCAUAACGUUUGAACGAUGUAUGUGUGUGGUCUGGCCACUGAAGGUUAAAAGGAUCUUGACGUCGGCAGUCACAACAAUGUUCAUUGUUUCUAUGUAUUUCAUAAUGUGUCUUACCAUGGUACCUGUCUAUUCAACAUUAACACUUGGCUGGAGAUUUGACCCCUGGACAAACAUGACUUUUCUGAGGGUGUUUUCUGGCGAAAAUGCUUCAAUAAUAUCUGAUAUUUCAUUCUUGCUCCAUGUAGUCAUCCAGUUAGCUGCAUUUUUUGCAGUUUUAAUUUUCACUGUAGCACUUGUUUUCUGUCUAAGACAAAAGGCCGCAUGGAGAACACAGCAGACCAAAGCGCAGAAUGCAAUCAAGAAUGCAACAAAACAAGAAAAAGCGAUAAAAAUGGUAAUUAUGAUCGCUGCAACUUACGUAGCUUGUUAUUUACCCCCUGUCGUUGGUAUUACUUUAACAGUUCUAUAUCCACAUUUUAGCCCUCUAGGUAAAUACAAAAACAUUUUCUUUGUUUUCUGGUCUUUGUUUGUGCUCUUCGGAGCCCUAAACUCGUCGGUCAACUUACUAGUGUACUACGUCAUGAGUUCCAAGUUCAGACGGACAUGUCAAAAGAUGCUUGCACUGCUGCGCAAAGCAGAAUUAUGA